GUAAUUGGAAAUUAUUUGUUUCUUAUUUGUACAGGACCAGUACGCCAGAGAGGAAGUACCAUGUAUCAUCGUAGAGCAAUGAUCAGCAAUCCUUCCAGGAUUGAUCGGGAUGACGAGAAGAGAAUGCUGCCUUGUCGAUACUUUUUGGCUGGAUUCUGUCACAAAGGUCCGCGUUGCAAGUUCUUCCACCCCAAUAUGCAUAUUCGUGAGCCCUUCAUAAGAGUUCCGGACCUUCCAUCGAGCUUCUCUGUAAUCCCUCAGCCUGGUCGACCUCGUCGUGAAGGGGUCCAGUCAUUACUCAACAUGACUCGUCCUAGGUCCAGACCAUCAACCGAUGGUGGUGGCUUCCAAACUCCUGCAUCUACAAACUCUGUAGCUUCGCUUUCGCCAAGAAGUCAGGGCAAUGAAUUUGGAAGGAGACACAUUAUGAGUCCCACGUCUCAUGCAUAUUCCGAAUAUCAGGCUUGUUCACGUCUGAUGACCGAUUACAAUGAAGAAGACGAUGAAGAUUUUGAUGAAAAGUCAAAUUAUCAGGAACGCAGACAAAUUCAAAACACUAUUUUCAAUCACAUCGAUUGGAGCGAAUUUCUCGUUCCAGGAGUUUCACCACCCCAACCAACUCCAGUUCCGGACCUUCCGUCGAGCUUCUCUGUGGUUUCUCAGCCUGGUCGACCAGGUCGGCCUCGUCGUGAAGGGGUGCAAUCAUUGCUUAACAUGAGUGGUCCUAGAUCAAGACCUGCAACUGAUUUUCGAAUUUUGGCAUCAGCAAACUCUGCGUCUUCGCUUUCACCAAGCAGCCAGGCCAAUGAAAUAUUUGCAAGACGCCACGUUCUGAGUUCUUCGGCCGAUCAUCAAGCUGGUUCACGUGGGAUGGAUACGAAUGACGACGAAAAUUCCCCUGAACGUGAACAGAUUCAAAAUACUGUUUUUAAUCACAUUAAUUGGAGCGAGUUUCUCGUUCCAGGAGUUUCGCCACCGGAACCAACUCCAAUAGUUCCAGAUCCAGGAACAACGCCAGUAUAGAAAGUACUACUACUACAUACUCCAACUAUCAUUUCUCAUCGCCCUCGUGUCGUAUAUAUUAUAAAUUUCGGAAUUGAAUUGGUCGAAUGAUUUAAUCGCUCUUUUCUAUGCUAUUGCUUAUUAAUGCUGUAAUUAAUUAUAUAGAUUAAGGAAUUAUUGGCUUGCUUUCCUUUGUAAUUUCUACAGUUUCAAUAUUUAUAUACCGUAUACUCAAUAUUAUACUAGAACUGAUUAUAUACUAGUAUAGUCUCACUCUAAUAGUGCAAAAAACAUUAGUUACCGUUAAAACUGGAUUAAACUUAUUACACAAUUCAUGUAAAAAUAGCUAAAUGGAAGUAAAGUUUGUGAUACAAAAUCUCACUUUUCUCAA